GGUUACCAUUUUUUUUUCUCGCCAUCCUCUGCGUUUCGAUAACUUUCCUUUUGAACCGAGGGUGUAUUAGAAACAAUCUUUCUAUCUACGAAGGUAUAGAAAAGGUUUGCAUUCAUCCUAACCUCCCUAGACCCGGGAUUACCCUAGGCAUGUUGUUGUUGUAAUCUAGAGCCUGUUAGUUUUGUUUUGACAAAUUUGGAUCUUUUUGAUCAGCCAAAAAAGUUAGUCUUUUCCACAAAUUAAUCACUGUUGUAGAUGGAUCAUGGUGUGAAACAUACAAAAAAGCUUUUUUGUUGCAAGAGAUCAAGGCGGCGGAUGUGGAGUUGUAGCACCGGAUUUAUCUGAGCCUAGUGCUUUCUAUGGAUUAGUAUAAAUUUAUGUGGAAAGAUCCACUAAAAUUACAACAAAUAGUAUAUCUGAAUUCAUAAUUUUGAAAUUAGGGGUUUAGUGCUAAGAACGUUGAAGAUUGAAUCUAUAGAAUUUAAAUCCUGAAUACGCUUGUGUUGGCGUACCAUCUAACGUAACUAACUUUGACCUUGUAUUUGUGUGGUUCUGGUUAGAUACACGAGGGUUUGUAGUUCUCCCUUUGAUUAAUCUAGCCUUUUCUUCGCUUAGGUAGUGAAUCAAUCACCUUCUAAAGAUGCAAACGUGCACGCCUUUUUUGAGACUGCUAAGACAUGAGGAGUCCAAAAAGUCGAUAUCAUAGGGUUGAAACAUAGAGUAGUGUGAAUCGUUUUUCUUUUUGUAUCGAACAGAAUGAAAUAGAUUCAUUCAGCGAUGACUUUCAUAUUUAGUGUGACUCCAUAGUAGAAUAUGCUUGAAAAAUGAAAUGUAAUUCUUUUGACCCUACUUAUGUCAAGGUAACUGAAAGCAUCAUUUGUAUGGAAUUUUAUUUACGAAAUGUAUUUGGAGAUCUAUAGGAAAUCUCGCGACUAUCAAGCAGAAUUAAGUUCUAAUUGCUCUGUGGUUUGUUAUAUACUUCCAAGAAAAACCUGUUUAUAUAUGAAAAUGUAUUUGUUGAUACAUGGGAAGUUCGAUCUGAAUAUUUGUCGAUUGGUGAAAGGACUCACUUUGUUUAUAUUGGUUUUGCUUCAGUAGCAGUAGCAUUUAUCAUGUUUCGUCGCAAGAGCCAUUCCCAUUGUGAUCAGGAGGGUGAGGAUCAACCGCACAAGGUUAAGGAGCUUAGAACUUCCUUGGGAGCGCCACUAUCAGGACGCAACUUACAGUACUGCAGUGAUACAUGUUUAAGGAGAUAUUUGGAAGCGCGGAAUUGGAAUGUUGAUAAAGCAAAGAAGAUGUUGGAAGAGUCCUUAAAAUGGAGGUCAACUUUUAAGCCUGAAGAGAUCCGCUGGCAUGAAGUUGCAAUUGAAGGUGAGACUGGGAAAGCUUAUAGAGCAAAUUUUCGUGACCAUGAUGGGAGGACUGUUCUUAUCUUGAGACCGGGAAUGCAGAACACGACAGCACUAGACAACCAAAUGAGGCAUUUGGUGUAUCUGAUAGAGAAUGCAAUUCUUAAUCUUCCACAAGACCAAGAGCAAAUGUCAUGGUUGAUAGACUUCACAGGAUGGUCUUUAACCAAUAAUGUUCCCAUUAAAUCUGCUCGCGAGACGGUCAAUAUUUUGCAGAAUCACUAUCCUGAAAGACUUGCUAUAGCGUUUCUGUACAACCCUCCGCGAAUUUUUGAAGCAUUUUGGAAGAUAGUCAAGUAUUUUCUGGAUCCAAAAACAAUGCAGAAGGUCAAAUUUGUUUAUCCAAAGAACAAGGAGAGUGUAGAACUGAUGAAGUCUUAUUUUGACAUGGAUAAUUUACCAAUUGAAUUGGGAGGAAAAGCAAAUUUGAAAUAUGAUCAUGAAGAGUUCUCAAGGCAAAUGGCUCAAGAUGAUGUGAAAGCUUCAAAGUUUUGGAAUUUUGACAAACACAACACUGAAUCUAAUGGCUACUCUGCAGCUGAGGUUGCUCCAAAGACUGAAUGUCUUGCUACACCAGUCAAAGUUUAGAUGCUUUGCUAGAGUUUUACUCACUUUAAAUAAAUGAUAUAACAAAUGUAAGAUCUUAAGAAUUUUGCAUUUUAAAGAUUAGGCAAUAAACAUUAGGUGAUUUCUUUCCAUUGAUUUAAGUCUUUUGGUUGACAAAAUUAUCUGGUAACUUAUGGGGGUAGAAGAUAGAAAGUAACCAUUUUGAGUGACAUAGUCGAGGGGUGCAUAAUCUGGACACAUCCGUGAUAAAAGAAGGAAAAGAAUAUCAACUUCAAGACUUACUUCUUAUUAUCUCAUCCAUUGUAACGUGAUGCCAUGAAAUGAUUGAGAAUUAU